ACAGCGGCAUUUUAUUGUAAAAAUUAGAAUUUGUUAGUAAAAAGUGUAAUUAGAACUGUUCAUUAUGUCUUUUAUGAACCCCGUGGAUAUGGUGGAUGAGGACGCCGCUGACCUGCAGUUUCCCAAAGUUGAGCUACUGGGGAAACAGGUCAAGCGGUUCACCCAUGCACAGCAGGAUGAAAACACUAGGAGCUCCUUGGUUUUGUAUAAUCCCCACACGCUGCACAGGUAUUUGGAGGAGCUGGAGGAAGUGACGCGGGAUAAGAAUAGCAGCGUUCCACUGGCUUCAAAAGAUGCCAAUCGCUGUGCCACGUGUCGUUGCAGUCUUGCAGAGCCGUACAUAAAGUGCUCCGAGUGCCUGGACACCCUGCUGUGCCUGCAAUGCUUCUCGCGCGGAAAGGAGGCCAUUUCCCACCGCAAUAACCACGCCUACAUCAUUGUCCGCGACAACAUACAGGUCUUCGCCGAGGAGCCACAUUGGACGGCUCGGGACGAGCGUAUCCUGCUGAAAACACUGCGCACCCACGGCUAUGGCAACUGGGACGCAGUAUCCCAGGCUCUGGACCAGCGCCACGAACCCGAAGAAGUGAGACGUCACUACCACGAUUGCUACUUUGGCGGCAUAUUCGAGCGACUCCUUAAUCUGCAGCAUGCCAGGCAUAGCUAUCUUCCCGAGCGCAUGCCGUAUGUCUUCAAAAUGCGCAGCUUGGAUCCACCACGUCAUGACGAUAUCGCCUCCAUGCAGUUCAAACUAAGCGCAGGCUAUCGCUGUGCAAGAGGCGACUUCGACACUCCUUACGACACCUCCGCAGAGAGUCUUAUUUCUUGUAUGGUGGAUCAUAGGGGCAGGGACGACGACAACGAGACGCCUGAGAGCGAGUUUGAGCGUGAAGUGACAGAGGAAUUGCAGCUGGGACUGGUUCGAGCAUACAACAAUCGCCUCAGAGAGCGUCAGCGUCGUUACAAGAUCAUGAGGCAGCACGGCCUCAUAAUGCCCAAUCGCACUGUCAGCUGGAUUUCUAAGUACGUGCACGCCUUUAGCAGCGAUGCAAGUUGCAUGCGUUUCUUGGGCUUCAUGCAGAUCUGUCCCGACCCCAUUAAGUUCGAUAUGCUCUUGGAGUCUCUGCGCUAUUGUCGGGAGUUGCAUAGCCGGCUGCACAAGCUAUACGACCUGCGAGAGCACGGCGUUCGCACUCAUUCUGGAGCCAAACUAUAUGCCCGUCUGAGCAAACAACGUCAGCAGGCUCAGCGAGAUUACAGUAGGCAGAAGCAAACAGAUGCUUUCGACUGGCAGCAAUUGGUGCAGCAUUACGAGUGCAACAGGAGCGGUGAUCCUGGGCCCCUGGCCAUUAACUCAAAAUUAUAUGCUAUGAACACGCGUCGCAAGGCCAGUCCUAUUGAGAUUGGAGAUCUUCCUGGUUACUCCAAACUGGAUGAUGGCGAGCGAAAGUUGUGCAGUGUGGCUCGGCUGGUUCCGCAAUCGUAUUUAGACUACAAAAACCAACUGGUUGCGGAGCAAGCAAAGCUCGGAUAUCUGCGAUUGGCCGAUGCGCGACGUCUUAUCAAAAUAGAUGUGAACAAAACGCGCCAGAUCUACGAUUUUCUGCUGGAACACGGCCAUAUUAGCAGACCACCGUCCUAUGGCUAGGGCAAAUUGUUUCUCCAAUGUUUCACUUAGUUUGAAAAUGCCGAGACGCUGCU